AUGGAUACUGAAAACUUGGAUAAAAAACAAUUCUCUUCAUUUGAUAGCGAAAUUGAAGUUCUUGAUACUAGAUUGAAGGGGACGACAAUAUUCAAUGAUAGUACCAACUUACGCCAAAACGUAACACUGUAUAACUCAGAUUUGUUUAAAAAGUUUACCCAGAAGCCUAUUUCAAGUAAAAGAUGUCUGGCUUCUAAUCAAACUCAAGAAUUCUCGGAAGGUAUUUCGACCAAUGCAAUAUACAUGAACAGAUCGACCACCACAAUUGGACUUUCGUUUCUUCCAGAACAAAGAGAGUCCAUUUGUCGUAGAAAUGGAGGUAAUUUCUCAUUAAUGGUGGUAGGGUCUCCUGGUAGUGGGAAAACUACAUUUACAAAUACGUUAUUUGGGACCGAUCUAAUUAGUAUGGAUCAGAAGAAAGAUACAAACCCUACCUCCAAGGUAGUGGUAAAUGGUUUCGAAGUUGCUGAGGAAGGGUUUUCGUUGAGGAUUAAAGUUAUAGAUACCCCAGGAUUUGGAGGGUCAGUUGAUAAUCUGUAUGCAUGGGUGCCAGCAACAAAAUAUCUUGAUGACCAAUUCAGAAUACACUUACUUCAAGAAGAGCAACCUGUUCGAAAUUAUAGGGUUGACAACAGGGUUCAUUGUUGCUUGUAUUUCAUUGUUCCAAAUGGAAAGGGUUUAAACCAAUUAGAUAUUUUGUCAAUGAAGGAAUUAUCUAGACGUAUCAACCUUAUUCCAGUAAUUUCUAAGAGCGAUACAUUUAGUACAGAAGAUUUGAAGCAUUUCAAGGCAAUCGUUAAUCAAACUCUAGAAUUAAACAAUAUUACUAUUUGUGGCCAUAUCUUAGAUCAAAAUGUGAAAGACCAAAUUUAUUCCCAUAUGCCAUUUGCAAUUAUAGGCUCCAAUGAAUAUCAUGAAAACUCACAGGGAAAGUUAGUUAGAGGAAGGAAAUAUGAUUGGGGUAUUGCUGAGAUUGAAAACCCAAUACAUUGUGAUUUUAUUCAUUUGAGAGAAAUAUUGAUGGGUAAGAAUAUGUUAGACCUCAUAAUAUCAACUGAUAUGCAUUAUGAAAGUUUUCGUAGUCAUUACUUGGGUGAGAGAUUUAAAGAAGCAAUCAAGGGACAAUCGAUUAGUGAAGCAAAUAUACAGAGAAUGAACGGUUUAGAACAACUGGUUUAUUUCCACCAAAAGAUAUUGGCAUCUUGUGGAGAAACUACAAAGGAUGACGACCCAAUUCUCAUAGAUAAGCAAAUAAAAAUGAAAGAGAAAUUUGCCGGUAUAAUUGCAAACCAAGAACGAAGGUUUAAAGAUUGGAAACGAGCCUUAAUAGAAAAACAGAAUGUAUUUAAUACUGAUAUUGAAAAACUUCAUAAUAGGAUCAUCAAAUUAAAGGAUCUUAUUGCUCAUUUGGAGUCAGGUUACGUUAUUGAUAAUGAGUCUGAUUAUGAGUCAAUAGAAAGCAAUAAUGAAGCUACAAAAA